GGGCAUUAACAGAGUAACUAACAGAGUCUUUAAGCGUAUUUCAACAAGAAGGAUUCAACAAUCAAGACGUUAAGACAGUGAAUAACGUUUGAAGUGUGGUACGUGAGUCAUGUAUCAGCGAGUGAAGUUUGUGGGUGCCCUUUUGUGUGCAGUCGGUGCGUUAAUGCUUGUUUUGCAACCCUGCAAAGCAAAACCAAAACGAGUUCGCCUCACCAUUCUCAAGACUUUGCUUAUUGUUGAUUCGCAAGGAAUGGACGUGAUCGAAAACGCGGUUGAAUUGACGAAAAAGGCCGAGACAAAGGCUUCCAAGCGUGUUUUCAUGGAAGACAACCACUUCAUCAAACGAGUCGCAAUGGUUGAAACCUCACUGAACAGGUCGUCAAAGGUUGGAGGCCUCUGGAAUGUUGACCACUGCGCGUUCAAAACGUCACAGAGCAAACGCAAAGAGAACAAACGGCUUGCAACUUUGCUAAAAACAGUGCGGCGUACGUUUGGAGUGGCAUGGGCCAAAGUAAGAUAUAGUGAUUUAAGGAGACCUUUGUAUUCGGUUCUCGCCGCACGGAUCAUUUUGGAGAUGACUGAACGUUCCGUUCCCCGUGGUUUAAGAAACCAGGCGAAGUUCUGGCUGGAAACAUACCACGCUUGCGCGCAAAAAUCUACGCAACAACAAGAAGAAAUGAAGAGCAAAUUCAUCAGAGGUACCUUUCUAUUUAUUAUAUUUAAUUGGCUUUAUUGCAGGUUCAUGACAGUAAGCCAAGAUAAACUAUAAUGCGGAGCGACCUGAUGCUGGCUACAGGUCAGUACGGUAAGUGUGAGGUUUGUGAGAAACAACGAAGGUUCAGCCAGCACUGUGGAAUGAAGACCUGGGUUGUUGACCGGAAACGCAGUGGUGGGUUCCGGUUUGCCCGACUUUGUUGCUAUUCACCAAAACUUAGAAUAACUGACUUUAACAAAUCCUCCACAAGAGGAAAGGUCGAAGGCGAUCAUGUAAACUAUAUUUAAGCAAUUUGUAGUGAUUUUAAAUGAUUAUUUUCUUGUAGUUUGCAGUCAUUUCGCCGUCGUGCAUGUGGACUCGUGCUUGUGGACUGUGUCAGAUUUGCCCUGUUUAUUAUUUACCCAGAUUUGGUUUAUGACAUGACUUUUUUGGCAUUAAAACCAAAUAAAAAAGAAAGGCAACUCGGAUGUGAAAACAGAAACUUCUUUGACAGUCAUUUAGAUUUCUUUUUACUUUCGCAAGGCGGGUUUUCUAGAAAAGACAGUAAAGCUUGUUUUUGGGUAAAGUAUUUGCUGUCAUUUGACGCGCGCACGGGUGGUUUUGUGUCGGAGUUUGAUCAGUUCACCAACAGCGAUAAUUCAUUGCGCUUGAACGAUUGCAAGGCGGUCGAACUUUUCAAAAAAGAGAUGAUGUUGGAAAGCCUGGCUCGACUGCCUUUCCGUGGGUUAUCUUUUUAAAACAUGGAAGCUCCUCAUAAAAAAUACCGGCAGAACUUCCUUGGAGCAAUUUACCGCGCUGUUCCCGCGAUCACACAUCUCUGCAAAAAACUUCGUAGCGGCUAAUCGGAGAGAUAUGGUUCUCACAUUUCGCGGGCAAAAUACCGUCAUUAACGUUUCAAUUAUUUUCAGCUGAUAGCUAAAUGAAAUCAUCAGUAACGUUUCUUCGUGAAGGAUAACUUGUCGUUAUUUUCACGUCUGCUUAAGUGUUAGCAAAAGUGUAAAAAGCGGCGUUCUUUUGGAAGAGCACUUCGUGGUAUAAGUAAAAGGACUGGAAAAUGCGGUUUUCCUUUUAACCAUUACAAACGUCACCGCUGAUUAAACCUGUAGCAAGCUGUUUCUAAUUUUCUCCCUAAAGCAAGUCUAUUUAAGUUCCGUCUUUUUGCUAAAGAAAGAAAUUUCCACUGAAAGAACUUAAUGAUCAAUCUUUGCUUGGUUUAUUCGCUGAAGAGGAAACCGUACUUGGUCGUGAUAAACCUUUCUGAGGUCAAGAAGCAACUUUAAAGUUAAAUGGAUUGAUUUAAUUAGGCGAUAAGACUUAUAGAGUCAAGCGAGAAGUGUGUUGGCAGUUAUUUUAGAAGUCUGCGACAUUCAGUCAAGCGCGUUGUAUAACGUUUGUAUACCUGUUUUCUAAAUGAAAACCAUUUAAGUGCAAAUAAGUCAUAAGAUGAAGAAAACAAAAGCCACACACAAAGUUUAUUGAAAUUCAAUUGGUGAUACUCGUGGCCUAAGAUCUGACAUAACUUGUGAAAAAUGAUUUAAACAGGUGUGAAACAGACGACUGUAAAAUUGGUUUAAGAACUCUACCUUACAUUUAUGUAAGAACCACCCAAGAAAUAAGUGUAGAUUUGUUGGUCUUGCAAGGCAAGCAUAUACGGUAUUUGUUAACUCAGGUACAAAGACCGCUUUUUCACAGGAGUAUUCUCUAAAUUCUCAUUUAAAUUUGCGGGUCACCUUAGGUUUAAUUACUUCACGGGGAAAAAUUCCUUCCAGGCUAUUCGGCCUGUUUUAAUACGAAUAAAAUACUACUGUAUUUUGAUACCAUUUCAGACAUUGUUGAAAUGGUGUCCGGACUAGAUAUUAGGCUAUCUCAGUGAUAAUGAUAAAAACAGUGUACGUUUUGACUUGAAACAGGGUUUGAUCCCCUUUUGAAGUACAGAUUGAACUGUGCUGUAGUUUUUCCACCCCUACUGGACAAUUGACAUGCUACAUUUUCAAGAAAUGUUAAGUAGCUUUGAAAACAAGAAAUAGCUAAGAAAUUUGUUUUGAAAACUCUUUCAUUCUUCCGUCUCUCUAAGUGUUCUGUUAUCAAAACUAUGUUUAACCAUGGGGUCAACGCUCCAGCAACUAUCUCAGAUUAAAUAAAUUUACAGCAGAUAUGUAAACAGGAUUUGAAGAAAAUCCUUAAUGUAAACAUCUUCAAGAAGGGUGAUUCGCAGUGUUCGUGUUCAGUUUUACGUUCAUGAAAAAUUGCGAAGAAAUGUUUCGUCUACUCAAGCACGGUAUAUACACUUGUGCGAGUUUCGCGAAAAAGUUAGACAGUACUGUAUAAAUAAAUUUGUGCGAACAACUUUACUCAGUAAAAACAUUAUCUUAUUUGAAAAUAACACAUAUAUACUAGUAAAAAAAUUUGGGCGUAGAACUCUACGCGAAAGCAAUGAUUCUGUAAAACACUAUAUAUAUACUAUUAAAAAAAAUUGGGUGAGGAGCGCAACGCGAGCUCAAGCACGUAAUUGCAAAUUUGAUUUAAAUUAAUCACGUUGUUAAAAUUUACUUAUUAAAACAUAAACAAAUGCUUUGAAAAAGAUUUCGACCGCAAAAGUGCUAAAUUGUUUCCUGUAUUCCACCCCUUCGAUUUAAAAUACAACAGAAUGGUUUCCAGUUAAGGAAAUAAAUUUGUUUCGUAAUAGUUUUGACUUCAAUUUGACCUCCAAUUUCGUUUCCUUUUAAAUAAUUUUGGUAUAAAUAUAACCGUCUAGAUUCGAAUGUAGUUAACACUUAAACGUCAAGGAAUUGAGCAGAUAAUAUCGGUAUAUUAAUUAACUGAGUUCUUAAAAUAGAUAGAAAUGGUAUAGAUGAAUUAAAGUUUUUUGAUCUUCUUUUUAAAUCUGGCACACACAGCAUGAAAACUGCGGCGUGCGCUUUGUAGGAGAAAGAUCGCGCUUCGACCUGCCAUGGAUUGAAGUGGAGUGUGUAUUGUGAAAUCAGUUGGGUGUAACUGUACAUUACUACAUCUACAUGCAUGCCUGCUAUCUAACAUAGAAGUCAUUUUAAUAGACAAAUUGGAGUAUGGUUUGCGUAGAUAAGAUAUUCCGGGACGACCACUUUAAUCAAUUGCAGACCAGUACGUGACAGUUCGGAUGUAUAAUGGGUACGAACUCAAUAAUAGCUCAGAAACUUUUGCUAAAAUUAGGUGGGAAAGAGAGAGCUUUCGUGACUUAAAAAGAGCACUUGAACUAUCCGACGACAAUGGUGGUCCAAUUCUAAUAAAAAACACGUUUCUUAACUUUUCCUUUUCUCCCCUAUAUUCUGUUACCGGAUUUAUUUCUCGCUCGUGGUUUCUAGUGGAAUUGUCCAGCUAGGAAGCUAGUCGUGAAGUUGAAAUGAAAGAGAUUUAGCUUUAUAUCAUUGUCGUGUACCUAACAUAAAGAACUUGAGAUUAUCUUACAGUAAGCGGAUAAAACUAUUUUUUUUUACUUAAACUGAAACUGAGCUGACAAAAAGGAAAGAUGAUCUGCUUUAGAAGCUAGAGCAAACUGGAGUUAAACUGAGUUUCAUUCGUCAACGUUCUUGUGACGUGAGAGUAAGAUCAUUUCAUUAUUGACUGGGGUCGACUCUUUAUCACUACAUGCCCUAUAAGUAAUACAGAACAUUACGUUACUGGUAUCUUACUGGUGGCUUGGCAUUUCGCGCGAUUCUUCUACAUGUUCCCAUUUGAUUUUAAUGGCUAUUUCAUGGCUUUAUCAGCCAGGGUGUGGUACUCAUAAGUGUUCCUUUGUCAUAACAAACUGUUUUGUGUUGAUUAACUAACAAGAGCCAUAUGUGUUUUAAUAACGUGACUACUUGCUUGCCUGCAAGCACGUUAAGUAUCACCCUGUUUUCAUCGCAGCACUUUGCAAGAACGCCCCUUUCCUCUUGUAGAUGUUAGCUGCGAGACAAAGUCAUUGAAAGAAUACGGCAUGUUGACUAAGAGGUCAUGUUCUACGAGCAGAGAGCUAUUUAUUGGCACUACAAAGUCGUUUAGUAGUUAAACUUGUUCUCUGCAUUUUUGUUCGGUGAUAAAUUGCAAAUGACACUGGCGGAGAAAUUGAAUCCAUGUAUUUUAACAUUUGUUUCUUUUCUGUUACGUGUCCAGAAGAGAAGUUAACGCCUCAAAGGGGAAGUUCUUUAAGUCAUGAAAUUUUUUGUGGUUUUUACAUUGAUUAUUAAAACAACACGAAGUUUGGUUUCCUAGUUAAAGUCACGGUUUCUAGAAACUUCUACAAUCGCAUUCCACAGAUAAGAGCCUGUUUUCACUUCUUAUUAGUCCUACAGUGCCAUGAAAAACGUUAUGUUGUAAAAGGCAAGCAAACCACGGUUAAGCAUUCUAAAAAGCGUUCGCAAAGCUGAAAUCGGUUUCCUUUGAACUUUUCAUUUUAUCUCAGUUUCUAAACUUUUUCCCGUUCUGAUCACGCAUUAGAGCUAAAAAUAAAUUCUUUGAUCCUCUUUUGCAACUGUAUAAAACAGCAUUAUAGACUGGAUGGCGAGAAAUGAGAGACUUCCAGGAAAAUGAAACAUUUCUGGGUUUCGGUAACACCCCACGCACGCACGCAACCUGUAAAUGAGAUAGCUAAAUAUAGCAUAUAUGUAUUCCAUAUUAUUAUCCGGAUAGAACUCGGCAAAACAAUAACUGGCUAAAUCGUUAAAGUAAUAAUCAGAAAACUGAAGAGCACUUUUUACAGUCUCUGGAAGUCGUUGCAGGGAAUCCCAGCAUGUGCUGUGAGGCAGCCGUGCUCGUUGUUGGAAAUCUUGAUACCAGCCAGAUUUGUGAAAAAUUGUGCUGAUCCAACGCUAAUUGCCUAUGGCUCCAAAUUUCAGCCGCCGUGAGCAAAGUUGAGGGCGAAAGGGAAUACAAAACGCUAAAACCAUUAGUUCAAGUAAAGAAGCGUUUUAUUGUUUUAUUUUGAAAAUAAACUUUUGGUCAUGUCAGUCCGGUUUGUUUAGUAUAAUUGCCAAUAACUUGUUCUUAGUUUAUUCGCUGUGGAAAGUUCACGUAAGCGAAGAAAUUAUUCGUAUAAACCACAUAAUCACCGAUUAUAACAAGCAAAUAUUUAAACCCGGUCAUAAAGAACUUAGAUGAACUUAGAAAAACAAAGUCUGUUUUCAAAGACCCCUGCUUUCUUAUGCAUUUGCCGUAUUUUUUAAUUAAACGUCAAAGUUUGGCUAAAAUUCUCGACACAACUUUAUGUUUUAACCUUUUGUAAAGCUGUGACAAGAAAGCAUAUAGAGCCCCUUAAUACGCUCUUGGUGGUGAUUAUGACAAAGUGGCUGGGAAAUUUUGCUGCUGCUUUCAAUGUUCUUGUCUUCACACGUGGUAAAGCAAAUACCACUAAUCUUAGAUAAGAGCAUAAAGGAGAAAAAGUUACAUCAGUUGGCGCGUGUUUGAUAAAGUUUGACGCGGAACGAAAAAUUUGUGGAAAAUGAAGCAAUCUUGCGCUUAGUGUUUACAUUGCUUUGUUUAUUGAACCUAAACCCCCAAUAAUUCUACCAGCAUAUCUAAAAAAGUGUAGAGGCUUUUAUCAAGACAGGGUAUCAUGAAACUUUUACUGGCGGAAACCCUAUUGACCGUCAUGCGAUUUCAUUGUCACUGGUGUAUGAAUUUUUAUUUCUAGUAAGUAGAAACCAAAAUGAAGUUCCCAGAGAUAACUUUUUGGAAGUGCUAUUUCCUUCACUUGAAUUCACUAGUGUGGUUUAAAUUUUUUUAUAUCUAUAUUUUGGUGUGCACUAGUGUAUCAGUAAUUGUUCUGUUCUGUCCUCGUUCCGCGAGAACUCAUUUAUCAUAGAGUUUGCAGUUCAACUGUUCUCAGUGGUUGUCUUGCAAAAUUUUAAUCUCCUACGGAUGGAUAACAGGAUAAUCGGCUCAGACAACACCUUUGUCAGAGAGAUAAAUUAAAGACAAACGUUCCCCCGUACUGAAAAAACAAGAUCAAAAACAGUUCUCUAGGAACACUUCUGACUCAAAGAUUUACGCAAAAAUGAAUAAAUAGUCCAGACUAUUGUUUUAUCUGGAAUCACUACAAUUGUCAAAGCUACAGUAUAACGAAAACAGUGUAAAAAAUUAACUAGUUGCAAAUUUUAGUUAAAAAGGUUAUCUACCGUACUUCAGUGAUUCAGAAUCUGAAAAAGGCGAUGCUUGACUCUGCUAACCCAUCUCAAAAGAAUAAAAGAUCAAUAAAACAGCAAACACAGCAGUAGCAACAAUUACUGUAAUAGAAACUAAAACAAAAACACCAUAAGCCCUGCAAUUUGAAUCCGCUAAAGCCACAGUUUCGUUGAUGCACAGUCAGUGGUCAAACUCGACCUGUCCACCACUUUUCCUCAUUGUAGUAAAAGUUUUCACGCACGUAACCAACCUAAUUUACUUCCUUCUUCAAUGCAAUAUUAUUUAAGGAUAAUAAGCUGAUAAAACUACCCCCAGCCGGCAAUUCAAUCUAAAUUAGUUAUGCUCUAUUUUAAUACUCUUUUUCAAGUAUCGUAGAAUGGCGGACUUGUACAGUUUGUUGUGCGAUUCGAGGAAAGUCGGCAGUUUUGGCGUAAUUAGAUCUGUUAUUUUGUUUCCGGUGUUUCACACUACAUUAAAUGCCCUAGGCAAUGGAUAUGAAGGUAUAUCACGACAAACAUGAAAGCCUGAAAUAACUGCCUCAUUUAGUUGUCUCAAGCGAUAUUGAGAUUAACUGUGAUAAAUCAACAUGCUUUACUGAAUGUAUGCCGCAAACAAGAAGCCUUUUCCUCGACUUUCAGAGGUCAGGAGUAGGACUAUAAUUUAGGCUCAUUAACUAACUGAUGACAGAAGUUUGAGAAACGUUCGAAGAGUAGCCGCCUUGUUUUGAAUUUUUAUCUUUUUGAUGGGUGUCGAUUUCUUUGUCAUCAUGUAACUAGCUUAAUUCAAAAGGGCCUAAAAAAGUAAGGGAUUAUGUUGAGUUUUGUUGCCUGAUUCCUUAACUAACUUUCAACCUCGAAUAAGUUGACGUUUCAACUAACUGCUGAGUACUGUGGACAAAGUUUUAGCGGAUGUGAUCUCGUUGACUGCGGUGAACAGCUUUACAAAUUUUCGAUCAAUUUUCAAUUCAUGGCACGCUUGAUGCUUUCAGCGUUUUUAAUAGGAUUUCUUCUCUUUGAUUUUCAGUUUAGCAGCCUGUGUUGGGAAUGAUGAAUGAUGUAAAAACCAUCAAUAUCGUCAGUUAACUGUUAACUGUUCGUGCUUAUUUCCCGCAUACUUUCGUUUUCUAAUGCGCCUUUCAGCAGGAAUUUAUUUAGCUUGAAAUCUUCUAGUGCUUCAACCCUUCCGUUUUUGACAUAGUUCCUUGUUCAUUUCUUCCAUCUACGUAGUCCAUAGUCCUUUUCAUUUCUUUUGAAAUUUUGAGCAAUUAAAAGUAAAAAUUGUCAGCCAAGAUAGGUCUUUCUAAAACUAGCCCUCGAGCCUCGAGCAGGGCGCUAAGGUGCAAAUCCUCUAAGUCAGCUUGAAGGUGGAGUAAUGUUUCACUCCCUUACGUGAUGAAUUUGGGUAAGCGCGAUGCUAACUCUUUACCCCCAACUCGGAAUUUGAAAAGCGAUUCAUACACUUGAGUUGAGACAAAAGCCUUAAAGCUGUCUCAAAUGUUCAUUUAAUAUUUGGACAGGAAGAGGACGAUCAAAAACUUUUUUCUAAUCUUAACCAGGGUAGUAUUUUUUGGCUGCCUUCGCCCAAGCUUUACCCUUUAUCUUUUGCCUUGCUGCUUUGAAAACCCGUUUGCACAGGUCGUUUUUCGUGUGAUUUUUCCCUAAAAAUUUUGUUGUGAUUUUGUGUCCUUUUCUUGGCGAUUUCAUUGUAAUUUUUCAGUCUUUAUGAAUAAUCCAUGGCGCUAACCAUGGCUCAGUCGCGUCCCCAGAGCUGUCAUUCUUUAGGCCAGCGUCACGAAUCAAUCCAUGGAUCCAUGAUGGCGCUGACCAAAAGAGUCGCAACAUUUGGGACGGGAAUAAUGGUUUUGUUUCUGCACAACGCAUGCGUUAUGAACACUAAGCCACAACGGUAUUUUUUUGCAAGAUAACCGAGAUAACUAAGCGGGUUACCAUCCUUAGCAACAAAGCAGUUUUCGUUUGAGAUUUGUCAGUAAUUUCGCAUUUUCUUUAACAGGCAAUCAUGAAUGUGAUCUUGUUACAAGUGCUUUUUCACCAUUUACAUUAAUGCAUUUUCUUCAAUUCUGUUUGUUUCCUUCGCUUAGUGUUUCGCGUCUGUUAAUAGGAUAGAGAAACGACCGUAGUUGUUCCUGAAAAGGCUUUGGUAAUCAGGUGUCUGUCUCGCCGUAAUCAGUAAAAUGUGUGGUUGUAUGUUUAAGCUCUGCUUUUCGAUUUUCAACAGUGAUCAACCUAUACUGAUACGCCCCUCUUGAAAUCAGCUCAAUUAACCCGUAAUGUUCUUACUGAUUCUCCUGUAUUUUUUUUCCUUUUCUCUAUAUGCAGUCGUUAAAAGGUCCUGCCACAGUGAACUGCUUAAGUGUGAACACUUCUGUCGUGAGCCGGCCAAUGAAAAGGCUGAAUGUGGGUGCAAGGAUGGCUAUGUUCUCCAAAGUGAUGGCACAUCUUGUGCAGGUAAAACUUAAAAAAGCUCAAACCCCAUCAUGUCUUGGAGCCCUCGAAAAAGCUCAGCCACGAACUAUAAGAUACCAGGCUUUACACAAGUCGAUCCUUCUUCCUCGAUAAAAGCGAUAUAGUCUGUGCUUGUAAACGGCACAGAUUUAAUAACAUACGAUUGCUUAACAUAUGCGAUAGCGACUGUCGAUAACAAAGUACAGUAGUACAGUUCUCCUUCAUCUUUAUCUUUUAUCUUAAAUUGUAAUGGCCGUCAAUUGAAACUUAACCGACGAUAUAUUAUUUAAAACUGUUUUUUGAUGGUUUUGUGUAAAAACACCCCGUUUUCAUUUGGCAAAUGGCAAGUGGCAUUCGACUGUCGAUAGCAAAGUCAAUAGUAAAGUUCUCAUUCACCUUUAUCUUUCAUCUUUAAUUGUAAUAAUUGCCAACAGAAACUAAUUGGGCGAUAUAUUCUUAAAAUUUGUUUUUCAUGUUCUUCAUGUAAGUUAACACCCUUCUUCAUAUGACAAAUGACAAGCGGCAACGGCAAUCGAAAUAAACGGCGGGAAAAUCUUAUAGUCAUCAUUGCCGCAACGUGAGCAACCGUUCCUGCAUUUAUGGAAACACUUCUCUGUCCUUUUUUGAUCAUUUUGUAGCCAGUAUAUAAUAGUAAUCCAAGAAAAUUAAUUUUGCAAUUGCUUUCUACGACAGUUACCUCAAAUGUUUCUUGAAAAACGACACUUUCUUUUCAGCUGGGUCUUCUCGAUCACCACCUGGUACCAAGCCCGCUGAGCCUCAGUCGACUGAGACCGGGUGUGGGAAUGGGCUCAAGUGUGAACACAAGUGUAUAAAGUACGGUGGCAAGUCACAGUGCACGUGCAAUAACGGCUAUCAGCUGCACAUGAAUGGCUUUAGUUGUGUUGGUAAGUUUUCUCACUACACAACUCAAUUUCUUACGUGACCAACAAGGGGUACUUACCAUUUUUAUACAUGGGAAAACCGUAAAUUCUGGUUGGAAAAUCAAAUGGUUCGCGGAAUUCCGUUUGGGAAGCUUAGAGAACAUGGGCUGUAACUUGGUGUGUGCCAAUUUUUGUACUCCUUUCAGUCUGUUAAGCUGAUUUGGACAUAAUUUGUGACGGGUCGUUCUCCCACCUCGUCAAAUUUUAUAGUUUUUUUUUAUGAAGCAAGCUCUCCUACAGGUUACGGUUUGUCAGCGGGUAUGAGUUGUCUCGGGAUGAGAAUGUAUAUAAUAUGAUUGCUUGAAACGAGGUACUUUGAAGGCAAACUUACCACCAAAAUCACCUACUUCUCUGUGCAAGGAAGCUGAACGAGGGCCAAAAAAUAAUAAUACGGCUUCCUGGGGAGACUGGGAUCUACAGUAAAGGGUAUGAAAAAACAAAUCUUCCCGAUGUAUGGUCAUAACCCACUCUUGUAGAACAAUGCCAAAUCUUGUUCACAUAUUUAUCAAACAAUGCCUUGUUUGCAUGUUUUAAAAGUAGAAGUUAUCUUACAUGGAAGGUUUUGAGGUGAAAGUUGUAAAACAAAGUUCAGUAAUAGUUUGAACGAAGAAUGUUAGCCUUGACUUCACAAUUAUAGGCUAUCUCUUGGCUCAAAUCAAGGGAGGACUGCAUCUCUAUAGCGUAUUGCUCAAAUUACAAAAGUAUUCAUCUCUGAUAUAUUCUUUGUUUCCAGACAUAAACGAAUGUCGGCAGUCACCAUGCUCACAGCUUUGCACAAACUCUCCGGGAUCAUUUUCUUGUUCUUGUAAAUCCGGAUUCGAACUGCAAUCGGAUAAAACCACUUGCAAAGGUAAAAGCAAACUGCAGACUGACAGGUCUGUGGAAGGACAGUCUAGUCUUGAUAGCAGGGCAAAACAGUCCCAUAGUCGGGCUCAGUAGCUAUCGAUAGAUUGCUUCAUCGCUCAGUGAGUGUGUGCCACGGUAUAGAUACUUAGUUUGGUACCUCUCUGGUCCCACAUGUGGUGGAGUCUUGCUAAUCCUCGUAAAUGCUCACACUGACCUUUCAGAUUUCUCUACGCUGUGCAGUAACGUGUGUCUGAAGUCAGGAACAACAAGGAGACAGCGUGGCCAAGCGGUUAGAGAGCAGGAUUUUUAAUUCAGCGGCUCACAUCUUCGGCGACGCUUGUAAUGUAGCCAGCUAGUUCGCGUUCUACCAGCUGGGAUUCUUAACCAUGUUAUGUUACAUUUGAAUUUUUGUUUCUUUAUCCCUGAAAAACCCCAUGAGAGGAGAGAAUAUUUAAGUAAUUACAUUUAAAUUCAGUUUAAAAUCCCCGGAAAAUGUGACCGAACGUUAUGUGUAUAUUUCAAUUCUAUCCACAGAAAAGAAGAUUAACUGUUCACCGAACGAUAUCGCUUGCAUCGAGAAAUGUUCCCAGUCUGGGAACUGUUCAUGCCCACCAGGAAGCGUGAUGUCCCCGGAUGGAGAGACAUGUGUUGGUGAGUGUUUCAACCCUGCCUAUUCCAUCCAAUCUCUUGCCAUUUCUAUGAUCAGUCGUUAAUUAUAAGCCUCCGGUCGACACUUGUGUCUCCGCUGAACAAUAGAAACGGUUCUCUUCAUCGCCUUUGAGGAGUUGCGCGCUCCCAGGAAGUCUGUAGUAAACCGUUCAUAUGCGCACAUGUUUUUUGUCGAGAACUCGAUCACAGUCUCGCAACUUGAUACCGUAAGAGAAAGACUGGUACGGAGAAGAGACCCGCUCACUAACAUUAUUACAGCUCAUGUAGAACCGUAAAAUUUUAAUUUUGUUUUAACGCGCUAUUUUGAGUUCUGUUUUACCCGAUUACGAUUAAUGCCGGCCAGCUUACGCAAGAUUAAGAGGUACCAUUGCCAAUAAUUGGUGCUUCUUGAAAUCUAAUCGAAGUGUCUGUAACAGUGGAAAUUUCCUAGGAACGGUCUGGUCUUGCUAGGUUUUUAUAAUAGAACAUGUAAACUGUGUUUUAUGGCAAGGACGGAUCGGGAAAAUAUCUGAGAGAAAAACUUGAACGAAACGUCGAGUCGGUGAUGUGAUGGUAUUCGGGAAUAUUUAGUUCUAUGGCUUGCCCACUCGUUAGAGAAUGAGUCUUGCCUGGUCUCUCAAAAGUCAAUGGCUAAAUUGUACCCCAGCGGGUAAACUUUCCUACUUGUGCUGUUGUGUAGUUUCGGCGAAAAACUUUGGGAGUUCCUCCGUAGGACAAAAGAUCUUAAACUGGUUUUAGAUCGUGCGUUUAAAUUAACAUAGCUCAUUUUCACGUCAGUUUUUUAUUAUAAUCGAGAACCAUCAAGCAAACAAACAAAGAGAAGUUCUAGAGUUUAGCAACUAAUUUUUGGUGCUUUUGUGAUGUUCGCUUUGAGGGCGUUAGAGGUCAUUCGAUUAUUUUACUUUUCUAUCUAAACAUUUCGAGCGUAUUACCGUUUGUAGUGUAAUCCAAAAUAGUAGCAAUUUAAUGGAAAAACGUUACUCAGUCGCUUCUUUCAUCUUAGGCAAAAUAUAGGAAUUCUCAUUUGGGGCUUGUAACUGCUUUACCUUCUGUGCAUCAUUAAAUUUGAUAUUGAUAAACCCAGGAACAAAGACAGGAAAUAAUGGCAUUUGUGAAUAGACAAAUUUAGAAGUUCAUAGUUGACCUCUGCAUGUACCUGUAGACACCAAGUCUGGGGUCUAAAUUGCUCUUUUGACACAGUUCACUUUACAAAUUUCAAAUAGUAUUUCCGGCAAGUGAAAGGAAAGAUUAAAAACCAAAAUAAUUAUUAAAAAACUCUUUUUUUUUCUCCCGCAUCGGAGCAUGUUUUAGAGAACUUUUACGAAGCGCUCUUAAACAUAAUUUAAAUAAUUUUAGCAGUGGCUGAUUCAAUUUGGACACGGUUAAUUUCCACUACAUUGCGUUCAUUAAUUAACGCCGGGUAAUGGCAAAAGCUGGAGCCUGCGCCGUGUAGAUGUCGAGUGUUUGCUUAGCUCGGAUAAGGGAGUGCACUGACACAGGCUAAACAUACAGCAGUUUUAGAGAAACCAAAACGUGUCGUUGGUUUACAAGCCAAUCUGUCAGAUCAUCGGUUGCUCUUUGCAUUUCAAUAAACAAUUUGCACGUCAGCAUCGUUCGGCCACUUCCACCAUCACUCUUCAACGUUUCAUUUCUUUAAGUGUUGUUUUGUUCAGAUUGUUACGGUCGCCUAGUUACUAUACAUUCCUGUUCAAGCUAAGCUCCUAUUUUCGCCAGUAACUCUGGCAGGAACGAUCGCCACGUAGGAUAUUUAAGUAAUUGUUUUUUAAUAGUAUUUGAAUGCCAUUAGUUCUAAGACGACUAAAGUCAAUACAGACACCGAAAUGAAAUCGUCUUGGAAAUGUCCUUUAAGAUCACGGGCAGUCGAAAGUUUAGCUUUGUGCUGCUUAUUCCGUCCGUACAAAUGAAGAUAAUGAAUUUGGUAGAGCAAUGGCUUUCUUGGGGUGACAAUUGUUUUGUGGCAUUAGGAUAGAAAAAGUUUAAAAACCUUUAAAUUCUUGGUGAUUUCUUUCAUCACAAUGGGUAUUAUGGAGAAAUGUUUUGCUCCAGAUACAGUUCACAAGUUUCAAGGUCUUAUCUAUCUGUCUUUAUUGUCUCUAUGUCUCAUCACAUUAACGUUUCAAAUUCAAACGAACAUUUUAUUAAAAGCUUAAACGCAAUUGCUUUGUCACCGACUGACUUGAUAACUACAUGCCCUCACACUUUGUAGUCCCUCUUCUUUUAACGCUGUUAACCAGCUAAGUUUUCGUUUUUUUCAUAUUACUUUUAGAGGUAAACGAGUGUAGCUUGUUCAGAGGAGUUUGCCAUCAGAACUGUGUGAACACACCCAGAGGAUAUCGCUGUUCCUGCAGUCAGGGAUAUGAGCUGGAUAACAAUGGAAUUUCCUGCACAGGUGAAUUAUGGGAUGGGGAAGUGAACACAUGUCGACGAAUUUCUCUUUCUAAACUCUGAUACAGUCCUUUAGAACUCAGCUUCAGAAAAAAUCACCAACAUUUGACAAAUUAAACGAGAUGGAUUAAGAGUGACGUAGUGUGAAACAGCGCGAAUUCGCUUUUCAAGGCGACAUCCCAGUUUGCGUUUGUCCCAGUAGAGAUGAGAUGAGUGACGUCAUGUUACCAUGGUAGCAAAAUUUCUGGAUGACAAAAAAAGUGAGCCUAUGUAACGACGACGACGCAGUGAGAGCGGCAAAAAAACAAUAGGCUUAUAUUAGUAAAAUAUCAACUUUACAUGUGCAUCACGCUUUUUUGUACAUUUCCUAGCCGUCGUUGCAUGACUGCGUUGCUGACUUGAGUAGGUGAACUCAAACAAAAAUUUUCCUUUUUCUUUUUCUCAACUUAGCUACGGUCGUUUCGGAUGCAGCCCCCCAAAGUUUUGCCAACAUUUAUCAAAUUAAAUGAAAUUGAAUAAGAUCGAUGAAGUUUGAAACAGUGCGCAUUCGGUGACGUUUUCGGUUUACUGUUACCCAGAAAUUUUGCUACCGUGACGUAACGACUUCUCUCUAUUUUCAAGAGACCUACAAAUUGUAGCCUCUGUCAGACUCUCAGAUAGAACGGACGUCGCAAAAACAAGCCCGGCGAAAACAAGACGCGCGUGAUCUGGGGACGUGGGCGGUGGCGGGAAAGGAAGAAUCGCCUCCUCUCUCCCCAGCCCCCGCGUGUCAGUUUUCCUGUCAUUUUUUGGAACCUUGAAAAGGCUACGAAGACCUCUCCAUAACUAUCACAUGAAAGCAAACGGAAGGAAAACACUUAUGUUCUCACUGUACCUCAGUCGCUUUGUUUUGUUUUCUGUUUGAUUGACUGUCUUUAUUUUUACUCGUAUUAAAAUGCCAUAAUAAGCAAUUAUACGGCCAAAAAUAUUCUUUCUUCCCCCUCAAAAUCAGUGUGUCACAUUACACCUCUGACCACCAUAACGGCCACAUUCAUCUUCAACGGCCACUUACCUCUGCCCCAAGGUGGCGGUUGUAUUGAGGUUGGACGAUACUUUAUAGGACUGCCCCUCCAUAAAAACACUAACAUUUGAUUUUGCACUUGACUUGGUGGGUAGUGCGAGUAGGUCAGUCAAAGAGAAAGGUACUAAUCGUAUUAAUUACAUCCAAUUGAUAUCCUGGUGCAAAACAAUGAAAUUGCGCUUCACAAAAAACCUUUCCUAUCCACCAUAUUGUGAAACACCUAACCCAGUUUUUCACCUUUCCUUUUUCUAUUUUUUUAAAGUCAGUUCUGUUUUAUCGUGCAGAUAUUGACGAGUGUUCGCGGGGAAGUCAUGGAUGUCAUCACAACUGCCGUAAUGUUCCUGGUUCUUAUUUUUGUUCAUGCAGACGAGGAUUUCGCCUCAGUAAUGAUCUUAAGACUUGCGUAGGUAUGGAACGCUUUUAUUAUAGCCAAAUUAAAAAAAAAAAAAAAAUGAAAACCAACAGUCCCCACUCGCCUUACAAAAUGAAAUAGGUAUAACCAGUUAGCGUUUGAUCUCAACAAUCAGUUCAAACUGUUCAUGCGUCUUUGAACUGGUCAUUUGUCCAGAAUUUAGACAGUGUUUUCAGGUACAUUAUCAGCGGCUAUGUUAGUUUCUUGAAACAAAAGAGUGUGUCUACGUAAGAAAAGAGUUGAAGUCCUACUGCAUUGGUCUGUAGUACCAAUAUGAAAGUCACACAUUCCGUUGUUUCGGUAUUGCGGAGGCGACCCCAUCUGAAAUAGUGUACGGGGUGUGGAAAUUAAUCUCAACACCAAAGGACAGCUCGGAAAAGAAGGAACCUGUUUCAAGCGAGGGAUAAAAGUGUUAAAAGAGAGAGAUACAAGCCUAAUAUCUUGAUGCCUUUUUCAUUGUUGUAGAUAUAAACGAGUGCGCGUUGUAUCCUGGCACGUGUCCUUUUCCCUCGAGAUGCCGUAACACGAUUGGUGGACAUACCUGUGAAUGUCCCAAGGGAUUUGUGAUGGACAGACAAAAAAUCUGCGUUGGUAAGUAUACAUGUGCAUUGCAAACUCUAAAUAUGUUACAGGAACCUAAACUGACAUCCAGAUCUCCCACGGACAAAUCUACAGACGGUCGGCNUUUUAUCGUGCAGAUAUUGACGAGUGUUCGCGGGGAAGUCAUGGAUGUCAUCACAACUGCCGUAAUGUUCCUGGUUCUUAUUUUUGUUCAUGCAGACGAGGAUUUCGCCUCAGUAAUGAUCUUAAGACUUGCGUAGGUAUGGAACGCUUUUAUUAUAGCCAAAUUAAAAAAAAAAAAAAAAUGAAAACCAACAGUCCCCACUCGCCUUACAAAAUGAAAUAGGUAUAACCAGUUAGCGUUUGAUCUCAACAAUCAGUUCAAACUGUUCAUGCGUCUUUGAACUGGUCAUUUGUCCAGAAUUUAGACAGUGUUUUCAGGUACAUUAUCAGCGGCUAUGUUAGUUUCUUGAAACAAAAGAGUGUGUCUACGUAAGAAAAGAGUUGAAGUCCUACUGCAUUGGUCUGUAGUACCAAUAUGAAAGUCACACAUUCCGUUGUUUCGGUAUUGCGGAGGCGACCCCAUCUGAAAUAGUGUACGGGGUGUGGAAAUUAAUCUCAACACCAAAGGACAGCUCGGAAAAGAAGGAACCUGUUUCAAGCGAGGGAUAAAAGUGUUAAAAGAGAGAGAUACAAGCCUAAUAUCUUGAUGCCUUUUUCAUUGUUGUAGAUAUAAACGAGUGCGCGUUGUAUCCUGGCACGUGUCCUUUUCCCUCGAGAUGCCGUAACACGAUUGGUGGACAUACCUGUGAAUGUCCCAAGGGAUUUGUGAUGGACAGACAAAAAAUCUGCGUUGGUAAGUAUACAUGUGCAUUGCAAACUCUAAAUAUGUUACAGGAACCUAAACUGGCAUCCAGAUCUCCCACGGACAAAUCUACAGACGGUCGGCCAGUGAACUUUGGGUAGCAGAUUAGUAAGAACCCUGAAAUGCUGGAAUUAACAAAAAGUCUAUUAAUUUCUACUUGAUUCCUUUUUGCGAUUCAACUAAGAUUUAGUGCCACAAGAAAAUCCUUCCAAAUGCUGAAAAUUUCUUGAUAAAAGUUACCGUACUAGCGCAUAAGAAUUGUUAGAAAAAUCCCCCUGGUUAUGGAAGAGUGGGGAAGAAAUGUGCUAAAACUUAAAAACGAUGGUGGGCCAACGUUUUCAAAUUUAACAGUGUUAUUUAGAAACGUAUUUCCAAGCAAUCGAUUUUCGUUUGCUCACACUUUAUCAAAUGAUCUUUUUUCUUUUUCUUGUUGCUCUAACUAAUGCCAUUUUGGGCAUCUGUUGGGAGUACUUCAUCGUUGUUUAAAAUAGAAGAAGUACAAACAACAAUUUACAAGUUGGUAUAGAAGUGCUUUUAAUGAGUGUUAUGUUCUUUUUGUAGAUGAGAAUGAAUGCGCAAAAUCAAACGGAGGUUGCAGUCAAAGGUGUGAAAAUUUCCCAGGAAGUUUUAGGUGUUCGUGUCAAUACGGCUUCAUGUUACAAGCAGACAGGAAAACUUGUAAAGGUAAACAUUCUUUGUAGACUGCAAGCCCAGUAAUCUUAUUUUAGUGUGAACGGCGCACUCAUCGUGCAGCGAGUGGUGAAUUUGUGAGACGGGAGACACCAGUGUGUCACCACACUAUUAGGCUGAUUUAGAAACAGAAAGGGAACGUCAGUUGACGAAGGCGCGUGCAAAUCAAACAACUGGCUUGACCAAUGGCAGAGCGACAAAUUGGGCACCGGAAGUGGAGUUUAGUCGUUUUCGCGCGCUUUCCGUUCCUGACGUCAAAUGACGUUCGCGUUCUGUUGCUAAAUCAGCCUAUAGGUUCUUUGACGUCCUCAAAGGCUAUAUUCGUACUAUACCGGAUAGCUUUCGUAGCGCCACGAAAAGUUUUCCGGUAUAGCUUGAACAGUGAAUGGCCCGGUUAGGCACAGGUCAGUCACACACAUCGAACAUUGUGCCGGCGCGGAUGGCCGGGGGGGGGGGGGUCUGGUGAACUAAAUUCCAGUCCUCACUCCUUAAUAAUUGCUUCCGUCUCAGUGGGUUCCAGUCCUCGCUCCUAAUUAUUUUUUUUGCGCGACGGGCUGAAUACUGUAGGUGUUCACUUUGCACCAAAGUGUGGUACAAAACCUAUCCGAUGUGUCACGCCACGUUCGUGGUCGGCGCGGCGUAGCUUCGCUUCUAUUGUGUGAACAGAAGCCUUAUGCGGACUUAGUCUCCCUCCUUUCUGCCGGUAUUUAAGACUACAAGUACACCCUGAUAGAUAGUAGAACUAGCGAAAACUAGAGCCUAGGAAAUAUAGCUCUACAUCCUGUGACGACACACGUGACGACACACAACACAAGGUGUAAAGGGGAUUGAGACUACUUCUAGUCUACGCGCGUUACUUGUUUUAGGGCCAAAUAGGUAGACAAUCCCACAGAAAUUCAGAGCUGGCAAAAGCUCGGAGAUCGAUGGGAGAUAGGGGUGUGAUCCCAAGCAACCCACGGUAGGGGAAGAGAGGGCACUGAGUGCGAGUCCGUGUAUUAUGGGAUUAUCACCACAAGACGCACAAAGUGUGGUGUUUAUAAUGCCAAUAUUGAACGAAAUACAGCCAUUCUCUAAAAUUUGUAUAAGUAAUGGCAUGAUUUGUAGAGAUAUUUGGCAUAAAUACCACGGGUGAUAUUUCGAAAUUGUUAUACAUAAUUUGACGAGCCGUUAGGCGAGUGAAAUUUGAGACAAUUUUGAAAUAUCACGAGUGGUAUUUAUGCCAAAUGUCACGUACAAAUCAUGCUAUUAUUUGUUUAUACUACUACCCACAACACGUUUGUAAUUUUCCCAUGUAGGUAUAUCAAAUUAAGCUGAAAUACCACUGCUCUAAGCCAAUCAAAUUCCAGAAAUUUCUCAUGUAGUACUAUAAACUAAGAAAUAUAUAGACGUCCUGACAAUAGUUCAUUCAAAGCGAAGCUAUUGACAUGAAAAUGAUUUUUUAUUCUCAUGCAAAAUAAAACUCAUUUUCAAAAACAAAGUUUUUGCACUUAGCUUCGUUUUGAAAGCGAGAUAUUUUGGAACUCGGAAAUAGCCUGUUGUUCGGAAUUCCGUAAAUUUCUUAGUCAAUUUUCAAGUGUUUGAAUGGCCCCAUCUUGUUAUAUAUAGGCGCGCUUUUUCACAUUCCUAACGAAAAGCUGUUUGUUUUUCAGAUAUCGAUGAAUGCAAAAGAUAUUCAUUUUUGUGCCAAUUUAGUUGCGUGAACACUCCAGGAGGGUACAAAUGUUCUUGCCCACCUGGCAAGCUCCAACACCCUAAUGGAUUUAUGUGCCUAUAACGACCCAUACUGCGUGUUCUCCUACUGGGGUGGCCAUUUAGACAGUUAAACAAGGAAACUUUUGGAAAUGGCUUUACUGAAAGAGAGUACCUGUACGAUAAAAGCUGAAAACCUUCUUAUCAGCUAUAUUCAGUACCAACACGCCCACACACAUUUUCCGCAAGGAACUUGUUUCAGUUCAAAGCAGAACAAUUUUAAACAUUUCGAGGAUAGAAAAUCAGAGCAUCUACCCAUGUCGAUUACUCGGAAAGCGAAAACAUGGACAAGAAGUAUGGUGACAGCAGCGCUAACCCCAGGUCUGUUUUAUUGACCAUUAAAUGCACUGAGCAAAGGACAUUCGAUUACAUUUUAAUUGUAAAGGAUUCUUUAAGACUGUAAAUACCGUGGCCAUUAAUGUUGUAUUUAAUUUACCUCGGGUAAGGUAAAAACUUAGUGAAUUUUUUUUAGUUUAGUGAAGUUUCAAAAAUACACUGAAAAACGUUACUUCAUAUGUCGAAGCCAGCUGUAUGGGUGAGACAAUCCCAAGACAUGAUACGGUGGAUCUACGUUACUAUUGACUGGUGAGAAUGAAUUUAUAUGUUUUCAUUGCCAGAUUUUGUUUGUAUGAAAUACAGUCAGGACGUUCCUUAAUUCUUGGAAAAA